AUGUGCAUACAUCAGCAAGUUUCCCUUUCCCGGCGAGGCCUGUUGUUUUCUCCCUGCCAAGAAUCCUCGGGACGGAUGCGGCGGACCACGCUCCACAGACUAGCCAGGAGCCCACCAGCCACCCGGACCUUCGCCACCAGAAGCAUGGCGUUCACCCAGAUCCCCGCCCAGGCUGGCCGCCCUCCCUACGCCCUCUUCGACCGCCCCAUCAUCACCUCCGCCGCCGACAGCCGCAAGUACCGCAUCAUCACCCUCGCCAACCAGCUCCAGGCGAUCCUCAUCCACGACCCGGCCACCGACAAGGCCGCCGCCGCCAUGGACGUCAACGUCGGCCAUCUCAGCGACCCCGAACACCUCCAGGGCCUCGCCCACUUCUGCGAACACCUCCUCUUCCUCGGCAACCAGAAAUACCCCGCAGAGAACGAGUACUCCGAGUAUCUCUCCAAGAACGCCGGCCACUCCAACGCCUACACCGGCAUGGACAACACCGUCUACUACUUCGACGUCCACCCCUCCGCCCUCCCCGGCGCCCUCGACCGCUUCGCCCAGUUCUUCAUCGCACCCACCUUCACCGAGUCCUGCACCGAGCGCGAGAUCCGCGCCGUCGACUCGGAGAACUCCAAGAACCUCCAGAACGACCAGUGGCGGCUCUUCCAGCUCGACAAGGCCACCUCCUCCCCGCACCACGCCUACUGGCGAUUCGGCACCGGCAACCUCAAAACCUUAGUCGAGACCCCGAAAGCCCUCGGCCUCGACAUCCGCCAGGAGCUGCUCGCGUUCUACGGGAAACACUACUCCUCCAACACCAUGCAUCUCGCCGUGCUCGCCAAGGAGCCCCUCGACGAGCUCACCGCGCUCGUCGUCGACAAGUUCAGCCUCGUCCCCAACCGCAGCAUCCGCCCCGACCGCUUCGACGGCUCGCCCUACACCCCCGCCGAGCUCGCCAAGCUCAUCUUCGCCAGGAUGGUCAAGGACACCAACCUGCUCGAGAUCACCUUCCCCAUGCCCGACCAGGCCCCCUACUACGACACCCAGCCCCUCGGCUUCAUCAGCUUCCACAUCGGCCACGAAGGCCCCGGCUCGAUCAUGAGCUGUCUCAAAAAACUCGGCUGGGUCAACUCCCUCUCCGCCGGCGCUAGCGGCGGCGUCUCCGGCUUCGACCUCUUCAAGAUCACCCUCGACCUCACAGCCGACGGAUUAGAAAACUACCAACAGGUCGUCCAGAUCAUCUUUGCCUACCUCGACCUGCUCAAGACCACCCCCCCACAGGAAUGGGCGUUCAGACAGGAAGCCCUGCUCUCGGAGAUCCGCUUCCGCUUCAAGUCCCCCUCGCCGCCCUCGUCGUACGUGACCAGUCUGGCCACCUGGCUGCGCCGGCCCUGUCCGCGCGAGAAAGUCAUCUCGUCCGUCUACCUCACCGACACCUACGAUGCCCCGCUGAUCCAGGGGCAUCUCGACCGGCUGCGGCCCGACAACUGCCGGAUCCUGCUCGGCACCCAGACGCCCCUGCCCGGCCUGAGCUACGACAAGAAGGAACAGUGGUAUGGCACCGAGUACACCAUCCAGCCCCUGCCCGACUCCCUCCGCACUCCCUCCCUCCCCAUCCACUCCCUCAAACUCCCCCCGCCCAACUCCUUCAUCUCCACCAACUUCCACGUCGAGCGCAUCGACAAUCCAACCCAUCUGCCCACCCGAAGACCUACCUGUCUCUCCGAUGAUCGCUUCGGGCGCGUGUGGCACAAGAAAGACGACCGGUGGUGGCUGCCGCGAGCUAGUGUCAUCUUGAUGCUACGAAACCCGAUCACCAACGCCAGCUGUCUGAACUCGCUCAAGACUUACUUCAUCUCCCGGCUCCUGAAGGAUGCGCUCAACGAGCAGCUCUACGAAGCCGAGAUUGCCGGGCUAGGAUACGAGGUCGGAAGUGUGUGGGACGGGCUGGUGUUCAAUGUGGACGGCUACAACGAGAAGCUGCAUCUGUUGAUGGAGACGAUCCUGCGCGGGCUGCAGGAGAUGAAGGUGGAUCGGAAGCGGUUCCAGAUCCUGAAGGACGAGGCGGAGCGGGGGUGGAAGAACUUCGUGCUCGAGAGCCCGUACGCCCAUGCGAGCUACUGGAUGGGCUCGAUCGUCUCGGAGGUGCAUUACAGCUACGAGGAGAAGCUCUCGCUCCUCGCGGAUCUGCAGGCGGAGGACGUCGAGCGCUUCGUGCCCGAGGUGCUGGGACGAGGCUUUGUGGAGAGUCUGGUGCACGGGAACAUGACUGCGGACGAGGCGCUGGCGAUCGCGGGGCUGCCGCGGGCGAUCUUUGGGCUCGCGCCGGUGGCUCCCGCGGAGCUGAAGCCGGUACGGCCGAAGCUGAUCCCUGGCGGCACGAACCUGGUCUACCAACGGGCGCUGGCGGACCCGUCGAACGUGAACAGCGCGGUGGACUACAUGGUGGCGGUGGGGGACAUGGCGGAGACGGAGACGCGGACGAAGCUGAUGCUGCUGGCGCAGAUCGUCCAGGAGGCCUGCUUCAACCGGCUGCGCACCCAGGAACAGCUCGGCUACAUCGUCCGCUCCUUCCCCGCCAUGGCCCCCGGCCAGGCCGCCCUCAAGAUCGUCGUCCAGUCCGAACGCGCCCCCGCCUUCGUCGAGGCCCGCAUCGAGGCCUUCCUCCAUUGGUUCCUCACCGAGAAACUCGUGCCUAUGCCCGACGAGGAGUUCGAGGAGAUGAAGACCAGUCUGGCCAACAAGGCCGGCGAGGACUUCAAGAACAUGGCCGACGAGACGUCGCAUUAUUGGAUGCACAUCAAGGCGGGGUACUACGGCUUCGAGCAGCGGUUCGGGGACGCCGCGGCGAUCAAGACGAUCUCCAAGCCGGCCAUGGAGGCCUUCUUCCGCGCCCGGAUCGUCCCGGGCGCGGCGGGCCGGGCGAAGUGCUCGACCCAUGUGGUCUCCCUGCACGUCCCUGUGCCGGCGGAGGUCCUGCAAGAGGUCGGCGCGGCCGUCGGCGGAGGGGGAGGGCCGGCCGACGCCGCCUUCCUCCAGACCAAGCCCGACGCCCCCGCCCUCCGCGCCUUCCUUGCCCAACACCCCACCCUCAAGGCCCCCGGCCAAGCCGCAGAGGCCAUCCAGACCCUCGACGCCCGCCUCGCUGCCCUCGACGCCCACAUCCGCGACGUCCAUGCCGCCGUCGGCCUCGCCCAUCCCCCCGCUCUCUCUACCGACCGGGUCGCGUUGAAGGCCUCGUUGGCCGUCGGGACCCCCGCGUCGCCCGCGGCCGACUGGAAGGCGGCGCCGGCGCGGGUCCCGCGCGAGCCCAAGCUCUAG